UUAGGAAAAGAGAUGUAGAUCUAGAGAGCAUAUUCUCUAAGAUCUAUGAGUUGAAUAGACUACCGGGAAAAGUUUUAUAUAGGGAAUUUUGAUUUUCCCAAUCAAAGAAAGUUGUCAGAAAAAGGUAUGAAACCCUAAUGGCCGAUAUUGUUCUUCCUGUUGGCGCUCAAAGUGUUUUAGGUCUAGCCGGCAUUUCAACUCACACGUUGUUCUUGGCAGUUGAUUUACGUUAACUAACUAGUGGUAGAAUUUUUAUAAAAGCAUGGCAAAAACAACAACGGAGAACAAAGUUCUGAAUUCCAAGAAUUUGAACACACCAAAAGACGGAUUUAUACAAAAGAAAAAGAAUCAGAAAUUUAAACAAACUCCAACUGGCAAAGUACCCAUAAUUAACGGAUCAAAAGCGUCAAAUAAUAAUAAUAACAUGGGAAAACAAAAGUCAGAGAAACAAAAAAAUUCCUCUCCUCAACAGUUUUCAAAGAAUAAAGAAUCAAAAAAAGAAAAUUCAUCUAAAACUAAGAAAGAAUUAAAUAAAAAGGGUCCAAAGCAAUCUAAAGCAAGUUCACCUGAUUCUGAUGAAGAUAUUAAUGAGGGAAUUGUAUUGAAAGAACAAGAAUUAAUGGAAGAAACUGAUGACACAGAAAGUGAGGAAGAAUAUGAAACAGAUAAGAGUGUAACUAAUAUCCUUGGCACUAGUUUAGCAGAUGACACUGAGGAAGAUGAUGAAGAGUUUAUGGUCGAAGAUAAGAAAGGAAAAGUAAAUAAAGGAGUCAAAAUGUUUAAGGGUCUAAACUCAAGUAAUAAGAGCAAUGAUUCCUUGAAAAGUUCAGAUAGAUCAAGCUUGGAAAGUUCUGCGAUGGAUGAUAGUGAUGAAGAUGAUGAUGAUGAAGAAAGCGAAGAAGAAGAAGAGGAGGAGGAUGAAGAAGUAGAAUCUGCAUUGGGUAUAAAAGCACUUCUAGGUAAUAGUAUUGCAGAUGAUGAUGACGAUGACGAAGACUUUGUUGAACCAGAAGGAAAUGAAGAAGAUGAUGACAUUAGUGAUGAAGAUGAGGAGGAUGAAGCUGGAGAAGGGAACAGUACAUUUGAAAACUCAUAUCAAGAUAAAAGUAAUAAAGAUUCAGAUUCCUCUUUUGAAAACAUGAAAAAUGAUAAUAAAACUAUUUUUGUGGGUAACUUGCCAAAAGAGGUAACAAACAAAGACUUACAAAAGCUGUUUAAACAAUUUGGAAAAAUUGAUUCUAUACGUAUAAGGGGAAUAGUACCAAAAGAUGUAAAUAUGCCCAAAAAAGUUGCUAAGAUUACUAAAAAUGUACAUCCUAAAUUGAAGUCAGUUUAUGCAUAUAUUAGAUUUACCACUGAGGAAUCUGCUGCAGCAGCAGUGGCAUUAAAUGGAACUUUGUUUGAAGGAAAUCAUUUAAGAGUAGAUCUAGCUUCUAAAUCAGAAAAAAAAUAUGAUGGAAAGAAAAGUGUAUUCUUAGGGAAUUUAGCAUUUAAAAUUGAUGAAAAUACAAUCAGAAAACACUUUGAGAAAUGUGGUGAAAUAGAGUCUGUAAGAGUAAUCAAGGAUAAUAAAACUGGAAUAGGUAAAGGAUUUGGAUAUGUUAAUUUCACAACUGAGGAUGCUGUUGCAUUAGCAUUUGAACUUGAUGGUACGACGAUUUUGAAUCGAAACGUUAUAGUAAAACCAUAUGUUGGAGAACAUAAGACUAAACACAGAAAAAGAUCACAUUCUUCAGGAAGUGAUAAACAAGAGUCUCCGCGCAAACAAGUAAAACAGAAUUCGGGAAAACCAUCACCGACUCAUGAAAAUGCUAAAAAGGGGGGAAAGGCACAUAAAGAUAAGAAACAAGCUAGCCCACAACAAACAAAUACGUUUCAAGGACAAAAAGCUGACAAAAAUAAAAAGAAGAAGGAAAGCAAACUAGAAAAAAAGAAGAAAAUUUUGGCAAAAAAGCUCACAGCUACACCUAAGAAGCCAACAAACUGAAUGAUGUUAUAAAGAACUUUGAUCGACUUAAAACAUUUCAUUGUUUAAUUUUUGUAGUUGUAUUUAAUUUAUAUGGUAAUGAUAAGAAAACAUGUUAGUUUAUGUUAAUAAUUUUAAGAAGAAAAGAACAUGUAAUCAAACUAGUAUAAAUGUGAAAUGUUUUUAUGAC